UGCGAAUAAAAUUUUAGUUUCUCCGCAAAAAAUUAAUUAUUUGAAAUUAUGUGGGACCAAUUGGAACGAUACAAAAAUCAUUUCAUUCAGCACGACGAUUUAAAUAUCACCGCUGGCACCAUUAAUGAAUUGGUCCACAAUGAAUUUACCACAAUACGAAGAAAACGCGAGUUAGUCUCCACUAAGAAGAAACCAUGGUGCGAGUACCCAAAAACUGACUGUCGCAACUCGAACUAUUUCGAUGAUCGGACACAAUUGGCCUAUGGUUGGUUUGCUCUACCAAAACUUUUGGUUGAGAUGAAUCACGACGACUUGAAGAUACGUUGGCAAGCCACGAACUCAUUUUCUGAAUUUGUGUUGAAUCCAAUAAAUGCCGAAACAGCCAUUCAUGAAAUGGAUAUAAUGCGCAGAUUGCAAAAUGCUUUAAAUCGUGUCAGAAGAUCAGAUCAUGAAUAUGCAAAGAGAAUUGAAACAAAGAUUUUGGUGUCCUUAGAAGUUCUCACACGCUACAUAGCAGGUGCUGGAUUUCUAGUCAGACGACCUAUGCUAUUAAAUGAAAUCUAUGAUAUACUAUUAAAUGAGGAGCCCAACUUCAAUUUAGUGGCAAGCAUUGUGCGAAACAUCACAGAAAAAGCCGUUGUGCUUCUGUAUGUGUUAGCGGAGACUGAUGUUUUUGAUAAGGUAACAAAAAUUUUUCUUAACGAUCGUUGCAAAAAUUGGUAUCCUAGUGCAUUGUGGAUGCAUCUAUCGCAUUUUCUUGAAAUUAUUCCAGAGAAAGCAUUGGAAAAUGGUUUCUUUGAUUUACUAUAUGAACGGGUCUUGGCGCAACAUGCUCACUUCCAUCGUCAGGAUGUGAAAUGUUUUGCCCUAUUAUUGCGUUGCGGGGAAGGUCAACGGCUAUUUGAUGAACACGAUGGAAUAAAAAUGGUAUAUAAUUUGAUCAAAUAUGAAAAAUUACCUCAUUCCGAAUAUAGUGUUAUGUGUCUGAUGAAUGGUUUAUUAAGCAAACGUGCUAUGUGGCGGGUUCGGGAAUUCACAGACUUACCAUCUAUUUUAACUGAACGUGCAAAGGAUACCUGCAAUGAACGUUUGCAACUUUACUGUUUGCGGAUUAUUCGUCUAUUGGGAGAUAUGCCUUGUAUGAAACGAUAUAUCCGCUUGAACUGUGAAAAAAGCAUCAAAGACAUGAUCUGUCUAAAUAAAACCAAUGAAUGUCUCAGGGACAAUAUGUUAAAAUGGCUUAAUACUGAAAUAUAUAACUGAGAAAGUCAAAUCCCUAAAUUUAACAACCUGAAAUUUAUUUCUAAUUAAAAUUAGUGAAAAUGUAUUAAUAAA